AGAAACGGUCGUAACGAAAUUUGCAUACGAAACGAAAAGGAAAAGAGAAAAAAAUAUACCCGAAACGGAUCGAAUCUCGUGCGCGGUCGGUGAGUGAUAUCGGCGAAGAAGUGAAUCCAGUGAGCUCAAACCGCAAAAAAGCAACGAACAUUGCGCGACACUAUAUUUUAACGAAAUAGCUGCAACAGUUUUCUGUUUUAGUUUCGAGCCAUCCCGAAAACCGAACGAACAGUCGCCAGCAGAAAGUUCUGCAAAAAAAAAAAAAUUUGUUUUUCAACCACCAACAACAAAAGUGAGAUUUUUCGGGUGUGUCAGCGAACGCAUUCGAACACGCACGAUUGUCACGCCGUGGUGUGGCGUACUAGCGGCCAAGGAUCAGAGCAGAGUCGAGUUGUGUGAGAGAGUGGUGUAAAAAUAAUUGAACCCGGCUACGCACAUCGGAGGUCCGAGCGAAACCCGUGCCAACGAGCGGACAGCACGCACCGCCAGUUGCGAGAGGUGUAAAAAGUGGCGGGCCCGUUAACGACACACCACACCCAGCCAGCCAAAAGCCAGCACCGGAAGGGCGAAUUCGCGUCGUAUCGAUUCGCCCGUCGAAGGGACGGCAGUUUGUGGACGGAGCGUCAACGAGAGCAAACAUCCCGAUCGUUGAGUGUCGAGUGUUGUUAAAAUUAAAAUUUAAAUGUUUUGCCUAAGCACCGAGUAUCAGCAGUGAAAGAGUGAGAGCGAGAGAGUCAAGAGCGAGCAACGAAAUGGCGCACGUAGAACCCCAGACGGGUGGGCCAACCGAGGGCAACGAGCUGGACGCCGGUGAGGAAGGGAGUGGCAGCCCCCCGCCACCCGUUAGUUUGAAGCGCAAAAAGGUACCCUCGAUCGGCGAUGCGGUGGCCGUGCCAUCGGAACAGCGGUCGUACGCGGCGGUGUUGAAGGACCAGGAGCCUCCGGCGGCUCCAUCGUCGUCUGCGUUGGGCAACCUUUCGACGGCCAACGGCAAACGGCUCAAACUGGACAUCAAGGAUCACGGUGGUGCGUCGAUUGUCCACCCGGCACCGCUCCACGGUGAGAAGCCGCCGGUCGUACGCAGCAAGCCACCGAUUCCGCCGAAACCGGACACGAGCCGGACACCCGCGGGCAAGGGUCCGAGGCCCAAGAAACAACAGGUCACCGAGUCGCAGAAUGCGAACACCGUCCAGAAGUUGCUGGUCCAGAACGAACAGAUGCGGCUGGAACUGUCCGAUCUCCGAAGCAGUUUGGCCGCGGAGCGCAACGCCGUCCGUGCGCUACGCGCCCAAAACGAGGCCGAUCUGCGAAAGACGAAAGCCGAAUGCAAGAAGCUGCAAGAAGCGCUCCAACACCAAAAGCGCAACGUGGCGGCUCAAACGCUGCCACCGGCGGCGGGAGGAUUGCCGGCCAAACGCACCCGAGAACACGAGCUCGGCCCAGCCAUGCCGGAAGUGGCCCGCGGCCACCAGCCCUUGGAGGUUUUGAAGCUGACCCAGGAAUUAUCCGCCCUGCGGGAAACGAAUAGGUUCUUAGAGGAAAAAUAUCAGGUUUCCUCCGAGGCUGAACGGCGGAAAGCUGCUGAUAUUCGCGUCCAGCGUGAUCUGUACGAGCUACGGUUGACUCAACUUUCCAAGUCUGCCAAGAACGAAAUCCAGCGACUGCUGGAGGAACUGAAGUCGAAGGAACGCAGCAUCGCGCAGCUGAAGAAGGAGCUGCAGACUACCCAACAGACCGCUGUCGCUGGCGGAUGUCGCAAGGAGCGUAAGGCUGCUGCUGCUAAAAAUUCCGCUCAGCAAUCGCACGAGAUGCGAAAAUUGCGUGAGACAGAAUCAUGUAGCGGCACCAUUAGCAAGUGUAACAGCAACCACAGCAUCCAAUCUGUCGACGCCGAUUACGAACAGCUGGAAACGAGAGAAACGCUGGAGCUGACGAUUGUCACGGCAACGACAACGACCAGCCCGGUCCCGGCAGCGGAAGUUGUGUCAACCGCGGCUGGCAGCGACUGUCACCCGAAUCGGAGAUCAAACGGUCGGCCGGAGCCGGCGGCCGAUUUACUAGGAAUAGCCACGACGACGUACGGCAACGAUGAGGCUCCACAGCCAGCGCUGCCGUACGAAUUACCCCAACGAACCAUGGAAGCUCACAGCGACGACAACGACCACAUUAGCAGUAGUAGCAGUAGUAGCUGCAGUAGUGCCAGUAGUGUAGAAACGAAACGCCUAAGUGCAUUAGCGAAACAAUCGACACCUCCCAUCGACUGCCGAGACCCAUCGCUCGGAUCGGACACGGAUUCGGCCCUAUCCUCGAUGAGUCCGCAGCCGAGCAGUUUCGGACCCGCGGAACCGGUCACGGAUCCGUGGCAGGUGUGCGGUGGUGGCGGCGACGCCACAGAAAAGCUGACGAGGAUAAAGACGCAGCUGGACGAGAUGCAGCAUCGGUACGGGUCGCUCGGACAGGACUACGCGGCCGCCAAGGAUCAAAUCGAUCGGCUGGAGCGAGAACUGCUGAAGGCCACGAAGGAGACCCAUGAACUGCGCGAACAAAACGAACUUCUCGAGUUCCGCAUCAUCGAGCUCGAAGAGAGCCACGACAAGUGGUCACUGGGCAGCAACUCGAGCCCAACGGUCGGUGGGAGCACGACGAAGGACGGCUGGACGGACACGGAGAAGGAGCACGAUGAGCUGACGAUGCUGUCGGAGCGCUCCGACUCCGGCGUGACGUCCCCGAACAGCCACCACCACCUGGAGGACCAACCGAGCGGGGUGCCGUCGCCCUGCGACCUGUCCCUGCUGGACCAGAUCCCGACGGACGACGUGCGCAAGCGGCUGGUGGCGAUGACCAAGAGGCCGUGCUACGACGACGAGGACAAGCUGGCCCUGCUACAGAUCCUGUCGCUACUCAACAACCUGGAGGCCCUUUCGCAGGACCACGAGAUCGCCGGCGACGACCUGAGCCUCGUCGAGAUGCCUGCUCCCAAGUACAACUACACGCUCCCGGAGAGCAGCACCCCGCCCAAAGCCCUCCAGUCGUACCGGGCGGGCGCAGGCAAGAUUGUGGCCACGGUGCAGCCAUUCCACAGCACGGACCGCAGCACGCCGGCGGAACCAGCCGUCGCGGCCGCCGCCACCGCCGCGCCCGGCAAGAGCCUGUCGAUCGCGUCGAUCGCCGAAACGUUCGGUGGCAUGAAGAAGACGACACGCUGGAACACCGCCGCGGCCCUGCAGGAGAGCGGCGUGUUCGUGGACGAGCCGCUCGGCGCAUACUCGGCGGCCACCCAGACGGAGCUGGAGGAUUUCCCGUGCCCGGAGAAAACGAACGCUGAGCUGUGCGCGGAGAUCGAGAAGCUGAACAAGUUCCGCCAAAAGAUCGAGGAGUGCAAAGGUAGUGCGGCAAGCAAGGUUGGGCCACAGUUGCCGGCGGCGACAGGCGACGAGACUUGCGACCGGCGACGGCUCCAGUUCUACGUCGAGCGGUCGGCGGCCCUGGAGAACAAGCUGAAGGUGUACGAGAGCAGCGGCGAUCAGCAGCUACGCCUGUUGGCGGAACGGCUGGACCGCGAGCUACACCUGGAGGGUUGGGUGAAGCAACUCUCGGAGCGGGUCCACCACCUGGAGCUGGACAAUGGGCGGCUGGAGGAGGAACGAUGCGAGCUGGAAGAGGUCGAGAAUGACACCCGGUUGCGGUUACAGCGACUCGAGGAGGACCUGGAAGUGAUGGGCCAGCGCAACGUGGAGCUGGAGUUGUCCCGCGGCUCCUACCAGACCAAGUACCAGGAUGCCAAGAGCACGAUCGUUGGGCUGGAGGAGCUGGUCCAGAAGUACGAGGAGAAGAUCUUCCUGCUGGAGGAGAAUGAGCACGAGCUGCGCGAUCGGAUCGAGGUGAUCAACAUGUUCAUCCCGCUGCUGCUGCUCUACAACAGCUGGCAGAUCCACGAGCAGCUGAAGGCGCUCCAACAGAAACAGCGCGAGGACUUCGUCCACCAGCAGCAACGCCAUCGGCAGCCCCGGCCACGGUCGCCCCCGGCCAUCCAGUGUAUCCCGCUGGAGCGCAUCGAGUACUACGAGGGCACCGGGACGGACGGGGGGCACCCGGGCGACGAGCUGCAGCAGCGGCUCAGCGAGCUGAUGAAGCGCGAGAAGGAGCUGACGCAAAACAUCGCCGAGCUGAACCGGGCGUACAACGAGACGCUCGAGAACGCGGACAACCUGUGGGCCCAGAUGGAGCGCGAGUACAAGGAGAAGAUCGGCCGGUGCGAGCAGGAGGAGGCCACGCUCAAGGCGAAGAUUGCCCAGCUCGAGGAGCGGCUCGGCAAGGACGCGGAGUACGCGAGCGAACGGAUCGCGCACCUGGAGGAGGCCGAGAACGGGCUGAAGGCGCGCAUCAGCCGGCUGGGCAAGGAGAACAAGGAACUCGGGGCCAAGCACGGCGGUCUGCUCGAGGAGUACGGGGCACUGAAGGACGACUACACGCAGCUCCAGUGCUACCUGCGCGGCCCGGCAGCCGAGGCGCUGGAACGGGAGAAGAAACGCGUCCUGGCGCUCGAGGACGAGCUCGCCCACACCGGGCAGAUGUUGCGCGACAGCGAGGAUUCGCACCGGGCCGAGGUUGGCACGCUGCGCGGUCGGCUGCUGGCCGCCACAAAGGAACUGAACCACAUCGAGGUCACGAACAGUGAGCUGCGCGAGGAAGUCGAAACGCUGGAGGCUCGCAUCCGCGAGCUGAUGACGUUUCGGGGGCGCGACGAAGAGAAGAUCAAACACCUGACGGAGGAGCUCGAGUCGAAACAGUCGCAGAUUGUGGCGCUCCAACACACAAGGUCCACCGGUGGCGGUGGUGGCCACAGUGGGUUCCGAUCGGCAGCGGCAGCGGCCGCCGCUGGGCGCAGCCUAGCGCAGGAACUCGGCUCGUACACGCCACGCUACUACGAACCACUAGGCGGCCGACGGUUCCCGGACAGUGACGGUAGCGGCAGCGAGGAUCACAGGUCCUCAAAGUUCUCCAGCCAGCGACCUCUAGCGGCGGCAGCGGCAGCGUUCGAAACCAAAGAAGUGAAGAGUCUCGCGGAAACCAUCAUCCUGAAUGCCGAAAACCGCGGCGGUGUGAAGACGCCAAAGAAGUCGUUCGUGGAGGAGGCGCGUAGCCGGUUCGCCCGCUGGGUGUGAGAAGGGCGCGUGCUUCCGGACGGUUCCAGCGUGUGAGGCGGCGGACGUUACCCAGAAGCCCAGUCCCAGUCCAGUCCCGACUAAACAUGUACACACCCAAGCACACCCAUACCAGUGCACCCGCACACAAACAAACACACCGUAGCAUGCACCCGAUCUUCCGUAGCAAAGCCCUCGUGUCGGCGAGAUGGUGGCGGCGAUGUCCGCCCUGAACAAUCCCCAGGUCGCAGGGUCGGUCUGGCCGGUUGUGUUGUGUUCCUUUGCCCGGGUGGCCAGAUCGGACGCAUUCUUCCAACAUUGACGGACAAUUGAUUGGAGAGAAUGUCAGCAGCACGGGGGACGCAGACUCACACAAACGCACACGGUGGACAAACAGGACGCUUCGUCGCUGUAAAGGGGCGCCCGGGAGGCCAGCAGCAGCAUAGGACCUUCGGCAUCAGCCGCGACCACAUGCGCAGUACUCAACUCACUUCCGGUCGUCGUUCCACCAUCUUCGCCAGAGAUGUCCCGAAAGGUGGUUCCCGAAAUGAUGGUCCGUUGGUCGUUGGUCUACGGGCGCGGGGUCGCGCUGGCUGAAGGCCAUCAGAAUCAGAAUGGAAAGAAGGAAAGAAUCUAGUCGUUGUUGAUGUUUGUUUUAGUUGUCUGUUUACGAUACUACGAUAGUGUAAAAACGUUACAUCAUAUACCCAUAUUCAGAUCAGUUCCGGCAAUGGACCGGCACCCAUAUAGAGCACGUACAGGAAUGCCUAGGAGGCGUUAGUGCGUUACUCUGGCACUGGCACUACGUACUACAGCGGUGAGAGCUACGAUGAUCUACGGAUUCAUCGGCCGCUUGGACUGGGCGUUUUAGUUUAAUUGUUCAAAUUAGUUUUUGUUGUCCACCUUCACUGCCUCAUUCGCGGUGGAGUUUGGCAGAUUGCAUUGGUAGCGAGUAAUUGUGCUAGGAGCUUCGGCAGCGACGCCUGCGAGCCUGCCGAGCGAGUUUCAGUACUAGUAGUAACAUUUUUAUUUGCCUCGAUUUGUGCCGCAAUUGCCCUUUGUAAAUAGUUUCAUUUGCGUUAAAGUUCAGUUUUAUUUGAUUUGUGUGUGUUUCUUUUUCGCUGGCUCAAGUUGUCCCCACAACACGACAGGUAACGAUGCAUCCUCCGGAAUAAGCCGAAGUCGGUAUUCCAUUGUUGGAGAAGGACAACCUGGAUGGCUAGUAUUCACUGUGCUAUUUGAGAGUAUACGAGUGAUACGAGUGGGCAGGAGCUAGUAAUUAUUUAGUUGAAGCCAGACACAGCAGGUACAGGCAGGUACAGCAAGGGUGCUCUAUUCAUCCGGCAGUGUUUCAGGAAUCAUUCGGCAUUCGACUAGCACGUCUACAAACUAGGACCUAAGAGACUUCCUGCGCUGCCGAUUUGCUGGGUGGCGCGUGACCACCCAGCAGCACCGAGUUGUCGUUCGCGGACGUGAGCUUCCAGGAAACUAUUUAAUCAUGAUAAUAAUAUCAGCCACACAUAGACUCAUUUGUAUGCCCUACAUUAUUCGAUUGAUCAGGGUUUUGUAGUAACAACACACGGAAGGAAGGAAGAGAUGUGAGGCGUAGGAAUGUAGUAAACCUCGAAAUACAUGCCCGUCGGUGUGA